AUGGCUCAAGUCGUUCCUGUAACCCCUCCCGGCCUCGCGGUCGAGAUCCCCAGCCGUGGCCGUGACCCGCGACCCAUCAAGCGUUCCUUGGCCACCCACAGCGACCGAGUGCAGGCGCGCAUGACCCGGCAGAAGCGCAUUGAAGAAGAGCAGGAGCAGGAGGAUCGUGAGGCUCUUCGGGCGAUUAGGGCCCAGCGCGAGCAUCACGGUCUGGAGGCUGCCUUCCUUGACGUGAGGACCGAGUUUUCGGACCUCGACGGUUUGUCGUGGGAGAGCCCCGAUGCUCGCCAGAUCCUUCUGCGAUGGCACGCACAGCAAGCUAUCUCCCACGAAUACCGUACUCCCCCUUCGCGUUCAAGCCCAGGCAACGCGCGCGUUCGCCGCCCGCUGCCGAGGCGCCUGUUCGAGGAGAGCUUCCUCGACUCCUCUCUCUCUGCACACCCUCCGACGCCGUACUCAAGUCCCCGCCCAGGCCCAGCGUCAUCGCGCGCAGUUCACACGGACGAGAAUACACUUCGUGUCAGCAGCCUGCUUUAUCUCGCGACUUUCUCCAGCGCACCUUCGCUCGCCCCGCCGUCUUUUCCUCCGCCCUCGCAGGUCUCCGCCACCUGCUCUAUGCCAGUUCUCAAUUCCGAGUCGACAUCGGAGUGCACCCCCAUUGCGUCCCCCAUCCAUGAAAUCCUCGCGCCGUUGACGUCGAGCUCGCACCGUCAAGCCAGCCUCGGACUUGGCGUCCCCUCCUCGAGCACAGGUAUGCUCCCUGUAGACCCUUCCCUGGCGAGCAGGCGUAUCAAGAGCCUUCCGAAGAAUCGAACGUCGUCGGCUCUGCAAGCUCACCUCGUGCCUUCGGACCCGUCGUCGGAGCCCUCGACGCCUAUGGGGAACGAUGGCACCGUCAACCAGACGCCCGAACCUUCCUUGUCCGCGUCCACGAGUACCGCAACCCGUCCCCCGCACAGCCCCACUAUGUCGUCUCCGACCACGCCGGGCGUUUCCCUCCCCGCAGACACGUCCACCAACGACGACACCGACGAGACGAUCCGACCCCCGCGCGCGGCGCUCGCGUUCGGGCUGGGGCUUGGCAUCGUCGAGGAGCCUUCCUCUCCGGAUGCCACUAUCCGUGCAGCCUCUUCCAUGCCGAACGUGCGCGCCGCGCUCCCCACCGCAUCGCCGUCGCCGCGCAAGCGCCCUCCCCUGCCGGAGUUCGACGAGACCGAGUUGGGAAGCGCGGUGUUGUCGUCCCCACGCAAGCUUAUGAAGGUCCAGCAUGGCAACGAGGGCCUCAUGCGCGACGCCGGCGGAGGGCUGCUGGCGUCGUCGUCGUCGUCGUCGUCGUCGUCGUCAGGGGAGAUGCGGGGAUGUGAUCUGUUGUACGGGUUCGGCUCGAGCGCAGGUCCCCCCAUCGAUUUGUGGUAG